GGAGCGACGAACGCACACACUCACCCACACAUACGCUCCUACACACCCUCUCCUGCCACACGUUCACAGUCUCUUUCAUUCACUCCUACGGGCAGGAGGGCCUUAUGGUGCGGUGAUAAUAUUUAACUUAUUUGACCACAGUGAAGGGAAGAAAUACUUAUAGAGCUGUGUGCGUCUGUUUUUUUUUUCGAACGUCGCCGUUUUAGAAGUUACAAACCAGCUGAUGUUUUCGGGUGAAUUCAACUGACUUGUUUCCUACCUGGUAUCUGCUUGUGCAUUGUGUUUGCUGCUGCCCAGCGACCAGGUGUGCCACGAUAGGAAAUACACAAACUUUGGCCCGCAAGAAGAGCACUCAUCGCACAAUGUCGAGGAUGCGUGAAUACAAGAUUGUGGUGUUGGGGUCAGGAGGUGUUGGAAAAUCUGCACUUACAGUUCAGUUUGUGCAGGGCAUCUUUGUCGAGAAAUAUGAUCCCACGAUAGAAGAUUCUUAUCGUAAGCAAGUGGAAGUGGAUGGGCAGCAGUGUAUGCUUGAAAUCCUUGAUACUGCUGGAACUGAACAAUUCACAGCAAUGCGUGAUCUCUAUAUGAAGAAUGGACAGGGCUUUGUUUUGGUGUACAGUAUCACCGCACAAAGUACGUUCAAUGAUUUACAAGAUCUACGUGAACAGAUUCUCAGAGUCAAGGACACAGAUGACGUCCCAAUGAUCCUAGUGGGUAACAAGUGUGACUUGGAGGAUGAGCGUGUCGUUGGGAAAGACCAGGGACUCAACCUGGCCAAGUCAUUCUCUUGCGCCUUCCUAGAAUCAUCUGCAAAAGCUAAGAUCAAUGUCAAUGAGAUCUUCUAUGACUUAGUCCGGCAGAUUAACCGCAAAUCCCCCGACAGAAAGUUAAAUGGAAAGGGUGGUAAUAAGAAGAAGUGUUGCCUUUUAUAAGGUUGGAUAUUUACUCACUAUAAGACUAGGUAAAGAAUGGCUGGAUGUUAUGCCUUCAUCCUCUCAGGUGUAACUUAUGAUUUUGUGUUCUAUUGCCAAGACAUGCAGUAAAGUAAUCAUUCCUAGGAAUAUUAUUGAAGAGCUAAUGUGUAUAAGUGGUUGGAAGUGAAAAGCAAUGUGCGUGAGUGCAUGUGUGUCCGUGUAUAUGAUUAAAGCAUAAUUUCUUAUCUCUACUUUAAAUACAAGUCUGGAAGUGUAAUCAGUGUGAAAAGGCAAAAAUCUUGCAUGUCUUGGUAAUAGAAACAAAAUUCAGAGUAAAGAAAAAAAAAGGCUGGUGCCACACGCAAACUUGUUACUAUGUUACACACCAUAGAAUGGACGUGUGACCAGGUGGUGUAAUGAAGUUCCGGUAAACAAUUCACAUUAUUAUCAUUAUUAUUAUUCACACAGUUUUGAAUGAACUUUUCUUUUUUUCCUUUGGAGUAUAUUAUUAUUAUCAUUAUUGUUGAUUUUAUAUUUUUAUCAGUUACGAUUAUUAUUGAGUACCCAAUUUUACUUUUGUCAUUUUCUGUUUUACGAGUCUUACACAUUUGGCUAUUACUAACUUAUGAUAUAAAGAUAGUUUAUUUUUUUGUUAUAUAGCAUAUUAUUAUUCAUUGUUUUGAUUGUUUUACAUUUGCAAUUUUCUCUUCUUUUUUAGCUUGAUAGGAAGUGUGCUCCAUCAAGCUACUGAUCUGUUAAUUUUGGGCACAUUUUUUUAUAGUUCCAAGAUCAAUCUAUAUUUGGAUGGUUAUAUGAUACACUGGUUUUAGACCUUGUUGAUCUGCAAAUGAAUAAUGUAGGCAUAACUGCUGUGCACUAUUAUUAUUAUUUUUUAUAUAAUUGUCUCUCUUGAUAUUAAAAUUUAUUGACUAUCA